AUGGUCGAUUCAUUAGCAUCUUUCUUUUGUCCAAUUAUUCGUGAACUCAUAAUAGAUCCAGCCAUUGAUCCUGAUGGUAACGGUUAUGAAAAGAAUGUAACUGAAGAUUGCAUUCGUCGAAGUGAUACAUCACCAAUAGCUCGUACUCCUCUUUCUAUCGAUGAUCUACGAUCAAAUCGAGCUCUUAAAAUGGCUAUUGAUGAAUAUCGUCAGUCAGUUAAAUUAGAUAUUAAAUCAAGUCCUAUUCUAACAAAAGUACAUUCAUCUGAAAUAAAAGUAUCUGCAAGUCAGACAAAUGAUUUUGUUCACAUCUCAAUUCAACCUCCAAAAGAUGAAAUUCGUUCUUCAUGUGAUAUUUGUUGUGUAGUUGAUACUUCAGGUUCAAUGCAAGCUGCAGCUGAAAUUCAAAAUGAUAAAAAUGAACAGUAUGGUUUAUCACAGUUAGAUUUGGUUAAACACGCUCUAAAGACAAUCAUAAGUUCUCUUCAAGGUCAAGAUCGACUAUCAAUUGUAUCAUUCUCAGAUAACGCUAAUAUCUUGCUUCAUUUAACAAAAAUGGAUGAUGAAGGAAAAUCAAAAGCUUUAUCAGCAAUUGAACACUUAUCGGUGGGUGGUUUAACAAACUUAUGGGAUGGUCUUCGAACUGGCCUUGAAGUUCUAUCAAAAGAACAACAUUCUAUUGGAAGUAUUUCAGCUUUGUUUCUCCUGACUGAUGGUUGUCCGAACAUAGAACCACGAGGCGGUCAUUUGAAAUCACUAAGAAAACUUAAGACAGAAAUUAAAUUUACAUGUACUGUCAAUACUUUUGGUUUUGGAUACAACUUGGAUAGCAAACUUCUCGAAGAUAUUUCUAUAUUGGGAAAUUGUGGCUCAUAUGCAUUUAUUCCUGAUGGAUCAUUUGUUGGAACAAUAUUUGUCAAUGCUAUUUCGACACUGUUAACAACAGCAGCAAACAAUGUACAGUUAUUCGUUCAUAAUCAACAUCUUCAAUCUACGAUUUACACACGUUGGUAUUCAAUGAAUAGCAGUAUUCAAGGCACUUGCUUUCAUUUGGGCUCAAUCACAUACGGUCAAACUAAAGAUUUAUUGAUUCCAAUUUCUUUUAGAAUUAUCCGUAAAUAUCAAUUCACGCUGACUUAUACCAAUGUAAAAAACAUACAAAAAUCUGUUACAUUCGAUUUGACAAAUAAUAUUCAACAAGCUGAUCUUGAUGUCAUAAUUCGACAUAAACUUCGACUAGAAUUUGUUCAUCGUGUACGAAUAGCAUUAGAAAAAAUGCGUGAAACAAAAAUAAGAUUAAGAAAUAAAAAUGAACAACGUAAAGCAGCAAUGAAUCAUAUUCAAACAUUAGAAAAGAAUAUGAGAAAAUAUGCAGAUGGAAAGGAUGAGUUUAUCAAAGAUUUAUUGAAAGAUUUAACAGGACAAGUACAACAAGCUAUCGAAAAAGAAGAAUGGUUCCAUAAAUGGGGCAAACAUUUUUUACCUAGUUUAACACGUGCUCAUCUUCUUCAAUUCUGUAAUAAUUUCAAAGAUCCAGGUGUUCAACACUAUGGAAAGGGUACACUUUUCACACAAGUACGUGAUGAAAUGGAUGAAAUAUUUUGCAGUUUACCUGCUCCAAAACGUUCACAAACUGGUGCUACGAUAAAUAUGGCAGUUUUUCAUGAUGCUGAUGGUGGAUGUUUUUAUGAGCACUGUACAGUACGUCUAAUGAAUGGAACCACUAAAUUAGUAAAAGAUGUCAAACCAGGUGAUCAAAUGGCACCACAUGGUGGCAUGGUUAUAUUUGUGGUUAAAACAAUGUGUCAAAAUCAAAAAGCAAAAAUGGUUAUAGUUGAAAAUGACUUGAUCAUUACUGCUUGGCAUCCAAUUCGACAUCUUGGACAAUGGAUUAUGCCUUGUUCACUUGUUUCAUCACCAAAUGAAAUUUCUUGUGAAGCUGUAUAUAAUUUUGUACUAGAUCAAGGUCAUACAGUGUUAGUCAAUAAUGUUGAAUGUGUAACUUUAGGUCAUGGAUUAAAAGAAGAUGUUGUUCGUCAUAGUUACUAUGGAAGUGAAAAAGUAAUUAAUGAUUUACAAAGACUUGAUUUGGAACAAAACAAUGGAGGAUUCAUUGAAAUUAAUGGAAAAAUGUUGGUGCGCAAUAGAAAAACUGGUCUAGUAACUGGAUUGCAAUCACAGAAAAUCAUGAUCCAAUAA